ACCCACCGCACACCACUCCUCUCUCUCCCCCCACAGCGAACCCUGGCGCUCUCACCAUCUGGAUCUUGAUGCGUCGUCGCCCCCAACCCCACUCCUCCCUCUGGAUCUCGACGCGCCGCCGCCCCCACCCCACUCCCUCCCACGCUGUCCACCGGCGUUCUCACACUCUCACCGCUCGGCCCUCUCAUCCGCCUCCCGUCCCCUCGGCGGCGGCGCCCUCCCCAUCGCUAUCCCCCAACCCCGGCAGCCAGAUCCCGCUCAGGCUCACAUCGGGCUCCUCAUCGUCCUCCUCGACCUGCUCCUCCCGCCCGCGCUCCUCUCCAACUUCCUCCGCGCCGGCGUCCACCACGCCUCCGCGCACAGCCUCCUCGACCAGGCUAGGGGCUUCCACUUUCGCUCCUCCCUCGUCAACCUCCCCGCCGUCUCCGCCGCCCGCUCCCUCCUCAUCCUCUGCGCGUACACGGCAUGCGGGGGCGGCGGCCUGCAGCAUCGGCUCCCUCUUCUACGUCCUCGCCAAGGCCGUCGCGGUCUUUGGCGUGGUCGCCGACGGCGCCGCCGGCCUCGAGCUGCACGGCAAGGGCCAGCUCCUCGCCUUGGCCUACCGGGCCAGCAGCCGGGAGAAGCGCUGGCUGCACGUCGUCUACAGGAUCAACAUCGAAGUAGCGACCUCCAUGGACGACAUCGACGAUGAAGACAAUGACGAGGGGCCUGUAACAAGAAUGAGAGCCCUCUUGUUCAUAGGGGCGUUGAUCCGGACGACCGAAUGAAUCCUCCUCCUUUUGGUUUAGCUCUUGAUUGACGCCUUGGGAAGUCCUAGUGCAAAUUUGGUUUGCAUAAUGCUCUGGUCUGGCAAAUGAUUUUAGAUAUGCACUAGUGGUGGAAAUUUAGGCAUUCGUCGGUAGAAAAAGUUGAUCAUUGAUCUGGAGAUACAAAAGUGGAGCUUUUGGCAUUUGUUGCUGAUUAAUUCAUGCCAUGAUUACUUGACAGAGGGAAACCAUUGGGCUGAUAAACUUCGACUAGCAGUAGGAAUUAUGAGGAGAAAUUGUUUAAUUUGAACGCAAACAACAGUUAUCGGUUUCAAAAUGCCAUACUUUUAACCGGAAUGAGUUUCUUCUUUGGCUGCUUCUCUGUCAAAUUACUUGCAUAUGCAUUGUUGACCUGUUAAGGAAAAUCAGCUCAAGUGGUUUUUUCUCUGAAAACAAGAAAAAUGAACAUAUGUGUUUAUUAGUUUGUUUGUAGAAGUUCAAUAGAAACAGUUCUAUUGCCUACGACUGUAGUUAUAGUCACUAGUUAGGCUGAUUUCGAGCAGACUGCUUAGUGUUGACCGUGCCAUGCAGAGUUUUGGAAGGGGCUGCUGGUGUUGUAAUUGUUUAGCCUAAUUUAUUGCAUCAUCUUAUCAGGGACAUGAGUAUUCUUUUUUUCUUUUAAUUGACAUUAGAUGUAUACACCUUUUAUGGAUAUGUUGUUAAGUCUCAAGGCACAUUCUUUCCUGUACACAGAUGAUUUUGUUGUAGUUUAUUUUAUAUCUGACACAGAGCUGAGCGACUUGUUUGUUUUACAUCUGACGGAGGUGUAAUAGUUUUAUGAUAGUGCUUACUACCUUUUUUAGUUACUUCAAAUAAUACCUUUUUCUGUUAACUGAUUAGCAUAGCCCUUUUGUAAAUAAUACCUUUUUUUGUUAACUGAUUAGCAUAGCCCUUUUUCUGUUAAUUUAAAUUAACUGAAACAUUUUCAGUUACUUCAAUUAAACAUGCAGUGUAGAGCUACUCAUUUGAUUCAUUUGAAAAUAUGAGUAAUUCUUUUUCAUUAACAGAAACUUCUCAUCUCUUUUCUUCUGUUUUCCUCUCUUCUCUUCUUCUCUUUGCUGCUGUUAAGUUAGGACUUGCUGCUGAUGAUUGCUGUUGUUAAACAUCAUGAUUGCUUAGUUUAGUGUAGGACUUGUUGCUGCUGCUGCUGUCAUAUUCAUAUUGUAUUUUCCAAAGUUGUUGAUCAAAGAAAUGGACUAAAUUAAAGCAUUCCCAGGAAUUGAUGCUGUUGUUAUUGGCCUGCUGCUGUUGUCAAACUGCUGUUGUCAUUAACCUGCUGUUGCUGCUGUUGUAGGAGAAGGAGCACGCCCAGGAGAAGGAGCAAGCCCAGGAGAAGGAGCAAGCCCAGGAGAAAAAGAACGAGCAGGAGAAGAAGGCCCUGGAUUGCUGCUGCUGGAGUGUCGAGGAUCUGGGAUCUGUGACGGCCCUGCACCGGCUCCUGCCCGCGGACGUCGCGCGGGUGGUGUGCGUCUGCCGUCUCUGGCGCGCCAUCGUCUCCGACCGCGCCGUGCUGGAAGUCGCCUUCCGCGCGCCCUGGGGCGUUCGCCGCGUCCUCGGCGACCCGGCCACCAAGGCCUUCUGGCGCGCUGCCUCCCUCGCCCGAUUCGCGCUCUCACGCGCCGUCCAUCACGGGGACACCAUCCCCGGCAUCGUGCUCAAGUAUUCUGUCCAGCAAAAUCUGGCUCAGGCCCGGAAGGAGCACGAAGCUGCUGUAUUGGUGCUAUAGCAGAGAGAUGGGCCUCCUAGCAAAGCUUGCUGGGGCAUUUUCAGGGUUAGUUGCAAAGCUCCUUAUAGCAAUGCUUGCAGUAUUUGUUUUUGGUUAGGAGCAGGAAGCUGCUGUAUUGGUGCUGUAACACCCUUUUUCACAUAUACUAGAUACGGUUGAUGCCGUGAAGAAGUCAGCUCCCCUUGGAUGGUGCAGUGUAGCAAAUCAAUGUCGAUUCAUUCAUUCUUUGGUGCUGGCCUUCAUUCUUCAAAAGUUGGGUGUACAGGAGCUGUAGGAAGAAGAAUCCU